GUUAAGGGCCGAGCCGCGAGUCCGGCAGUCUUGUCCGUGCUGUCGCAGCCUGGAGUCCGUCUCGUCGCUGCCACCCCGGCUCACGCUCGUCCUCGUUUCCGAAGCUCUCGCGCGCCCGACCGCUCGGCUCUCGCCCCGCGACCAGCAUCAUGUGCGGAAUAUUUGCCUAUUUAAAUUAUCAUGUUCCCCGAACAAGACGAGAAAUCUUGGAGACCCUAAUCAAAGGCCUUCAGAGACUGGAAUACAGAGGAUAUGAUUCUGCUGGAGUGGGACUUGAUGGAGGUAAUGACAAAGACUGGGAAGCGAAUGCCUGCAAAAUUCAGCUCAUUAAGAAGAAAGGAAAAGUUAAGGCACUGGAUGAAGAAGUUCACAAACAACAAGAUAUGGACUUGGAUAUAGAAUUUGAUGUACAUCUUGGAAUAGCUCAUACCCGUUGGGCAACACAUGGAGAACCUAGUCCUGUCAAUAGUCACCCCCAACGCUCUGAUAAAAAUAAUGAAUUUAUUGUUAUUCAUAAUGGAAUCAUCACCAACUACAAAGACUUGAAAAAGUUUUUGGAAAGCAAAGGCUAUGACUUUGAAUCUGAAACAGACACAGAAACCAUUGCCAAGCUUGUCAAAUACAUGUAUGAUAACUGGGAAAGUCAAGACAUCAGUUUUACUACCUUGGUGGAGAGAGUUAUCCAACAACUGGAAGGUGCUUUUGCACUUGUGUUUAAAAGUGUUCAUUUUCCUGGGCAAGCAGUUGGCACAAGGCGAGGUAGUCCCCUCUUGAUUGGUGUGCGGAGUGAACAUAAGCUUUCUACAGAUCACAUUCCGAUUCUCUACAGAACAGGCAAAGACAAGAAAGGAAGCUGCAAUCUUUCCCGUGUGGACAGCACAACAUGUCUUUUCCCUGUUGAGGAAAAGGCAGUUGAAUAUUACUUUGCUUCUGAUGCAAGUGCUGUGAUAGAGCACACCAACCGUGUCAUCUUUCUGGAAGAUGACGAUGUUGCAGCAGUGGUGGAUGGUCGACUUUCUAUCCAUCGAAUUAAGCGAACUGCAGGAGACCAUCCUGGUCGAGCUGUGCAAACCCUCCAGAUGGAGCUCCAGCAGAUCAUGAAGGGCAACUUUAGUUCAUUUAUGCAGAAAGAAAUUUUUGAGCAGCCAGAGUCUGUUGUGAACACAAUGAGAGGAAGAGUCAAUUUUGAUGACUAUACUGUGAAUUUGGGUGGUUUGAAAGAUCACAUUAAAGAGAUCCAGCGGUGUCGGCGGUUGAUUCUAAUUGCUUGUGGCACAAGUUACCAUGCUGGUGUGGCAACCCGUCAGGUUCUAGAGGAGCUGACAGAGUUGCCGGUGAUGGUGGAGCUUGCUAGUGACUUCUUGGAUAGAAACACUCCAGUCUUUCGAGAUGAUGUUUGCUUUUUCAUUAGUCAAUCAGGUGAGACAGCUGAUACCCUGAUGGCUCUUCGGUACUGUAAGGAGAGAGGAGCCCUAACUGUGGGGAUCACAAAUACAGUCGGCAGUUCUAUAUCAAGGGAGACAGAUUGUGGGGUUCAUAUCAAUGCUGGUCCUGAGGUUGGUGUGGCCAGUACAAAGGCUUACACCAGCCAGUUUGUGUCCCUUGUGAUGUUUGCCCUCAUGAUGUGUGAUGACAGGAUCUCCAUGCAAGAGAGGCGUAAAGAGAUCAUGCUUGGAUUAAAGCGGCUGCCAGACUUGAUUAAGGAAGUGCUGAGCAUGGAUGAUGAAAUUCAGAAGCUGGCAACAGAACUGUACCACCAGAAGUCAGUCCUGAUAAUGGGACGAGGCUACCAUUACGCUACGUGUCUGGAAGGAGCCCUGAAAAUCAAGGAGAUUACUUACAUGCACUCUGAAGGCAUCCUUGCUGGUGAGCUAAAGCAUGGCCCUCUGGCCUUGGUGGACAAGUUGAUGCCUGUCAUCAUGAUCAUCAUGCGAGACCACACUUAUGCCAAGUGUCAGAACGCAUUUCAACAAGUGGUUGCACGGCAGGGGCGCCCAGUCGUGAUCUGUGAUAAGGAGGAUACCGAGACCAUUGAGAACACAAAAAGGACAAUCAAGGUGCCCCACUCGGUAGACUGCUUGCAGGGCAUUCUCAGUGUGAUCCCCUUGCAGCUGCUGGCUUUCCAUCUGGCUGUGCUGAGAGGCUACGAUGUUGAUUUCCCACGGAAUCUUGCCAAAUCUGUAACUGUAGAAUAAAAGGCAUCUGAAACUUAUGACAGUUAAGCAACAUGAGACACCUUUUGAAUUUAAAUUUUUGAUUUAAACUGUUGCCUCCUGAAAGCCUUUUUAGUAAAUUCUUAUUUAUAUAUCAGUUAUAAUUAUCCCUCUCAAUUAAUGAUUUUGUGCAAUUGCCUCAUUUUCAAUAAUACAUGGGGGCGUUUGAUUAAUAGAAUUUAAAUUGAACCUGAAGUCAGAGAGAUUUUAGCUGUAGUGUUGUAUAAAGAACUGGAUAAUGAAUUUCUGGGUCCUCCACUUCAAUCAUGAGGUUUGUUGAGUUUUUGAGCUGAUUUUUGUUUUCCCAUGCCUUGAUUCAGUCAGACUGAUAAAAGACCAAUGCAUUUCAUUGGAAUACUCAAAGUCAAAAGCCAGUGUGUGCUAGUACCUGCUGAAGGCUUUGCUACAUGAUUUAUAAGUUGAAGAUGCUGUGGUUUAUUUUGAAGCUUGUCUAUAUUUUGUUUGUAAAUCAAACUGUUCACCUAAAAAAACCUAAGUUCAGUUAAAUUGGUCUAAACAUGGCUGUCAUCUCUAGGUAGAGGGAGCAUGGGGCAGUGUGCGGUACAUUGUGUCCUCCAUGCUCGAAUAAAACACCAUGUGGGGUUGUGUAGCUCUCUGAUCUGAACUACUUUAGACCCCAACAAUGUGGCUGGAUGUUUGAAUAUAGGACCUGGGCAUCCUACUCCUUGUUUCUUUACCUCCUCAGAGUCGUUUGCAUGGCCUUGAAACUGUAGAGCUUAAUUUAAAAAAAAUAUUGUUGAAUGCCACCUGUCUCCUUUGACAUCACAGCAGAGUUGCUGUCGAGCAUCUCAGAUUGGUAUUGGCAUGUUCAGUUCUCUCCAGCUUUGUCCCAAGUCCCUUCCCUGCCUUGCUGCAGAAAGCAUCCCCUUGUGGCAGUUUGGAGGUUCUUCUUGAUAACUUGUGAGAUUUGCACUGGUCAUUUGAUCUUCAGUGUAUGUGGUAGAUGAGGCUUAGAACUUCACAUACUUUCCACUGUGGAGUGACAUGAUUUAGGGCUGCUUUCUAGAUGUUUUCCUUUGUAUUGUCUUGACUCCUGUUUAGGAAUGAAUGCAGUAUGAAGAAGUGAUAUUGACAUGCCUUCAUGCUGAUAGUGUCAGAAAUGGAGGUCGACAAUUGGGAUAAAGUAUUUAAAGUAGAACAUUAGUUUGAUACCCUAUAAAUGUGUGGAAUAAGUUCUUCAUAGAAUUAUUUGGGUCAGAUCAUGUGGCUGUAGGAAGGUGGUUAUAUUCAGUUAGGUCCAUUUCUUUCAAAAGCUUUCACCGUUAUUGUGGAAGUGUAGUAGUGGAGUUGGUAGCUCACUCUUUGUGUUUGAACUUGAUGUUAAGCAGUUCAUGCUAUGCCAGAAGUGUAGGCUUCUUGUGAAGGUGGAUUGAAGACAGAGUUUAUGUAACUUUGGAAGAUUUCACUUCCAUUGAUAGAGACUGGAAACCUGAUUUUUUUAAAAACAUAAGACAGGGCCACAGUUUCUACCCCAUGUAGCUGCUUUAGUUAUGUUUAUCUGUUCUAAUUAUUUCCAAGAUUUCAUGUUUGUCUAGCAUGUGUAUCAUGUCAUUUCUUGUGUUUGACAUAAUAGCAUGGCUACUCAUAGUUGUAUGUGUUUCAUUGUUGUCUUUUUUCAUGUGUUGCUCUGGAGUACUGGGUGAUGUUGGUACACCAAGACAUUGUGAAAUGAUCACCACAGUAUUCUUAGGUCAUCCAUCACCUCAGUUACUGAUCCAGAGUCCUCUUGGAGCUGUUUUGAAUUAUACAGCUCAGUUUUACUAAUCACCCUCUGUGUAAUGGAAUAUUGGAACUUAAUUCUUCUGUCUGGCUCUGACUCAGAACCCAUUCACCAGUUUCCCUUCCAUACACACUCCAAACCAGGAUAAAUCCUAAAAACCAGUCAAAAGCCCAAAUGAAGCCGGGCGGUGGUGGCGCACGCCUUUAAUCCCAGCACUCGGGAGGCAGAGGCAGGUGGAUCUCUGUGAGUUCGAGACCAGCUUGGUCUACAAGAGCUAGUUCCAGGACAGGCUCCAAAACCACAGAGAAACCCUGUCUCGAAAAAAACAAAAAAACAAACAAACAAACAAACCCCCCCCCCAAAAAAAGCCCAAAUGAAGUAUUUUCUAAACAAAUAUUAUUCUCUUCCCUAUCCCAUUUUGCUUUCUACCCUGGUUAAUGUAGUGAUUUUAAAUUCUUUUAUUAAGUUAGUUCUUAACACCCUGAUAUUUUGGUGAGGCAAGCCUCUGAGUGAAUGCGUUGGCCCAGUUAAAAUUAGUAUAAUAUAGGACAUGGAAAUCUAAUUUUUCAAAACAGAAUAUCCUGCAAAAGGGAGGCUUUCUAUAAAAGUUCUUUCUUGUAGUGUGUUUAAAGUUUAAGUUCACACAUACAUCCUUUCCUGGGAGCCCUUGCUAGGCAGGGAGGACUGUGGAGGACUCAGUUAAUGGUUACUUUGAAGUCAACUUUAAAAAAAAAAAUCACCUAUGCCAUAGGAGUGAAAGGGCUACAGAAAGUGCAGUACUCACUUGUAGUUUGUGGCUGUUUGCAGCUGUGUCUGAGCCCCAGCUGUGAGCAGCUGUGUGCUGGGCAGCAGAGCUAUACCUUCAGAGCAGUUCUGACGUCCCUGGUGGGUCUGUUUCUUGUGAAGACACAGGUGGAAGACUGGAGAGAUGGAGCUGAACUGAGGUGUUAAACGCUGUGAACGGGUUUGUUUACUUAAACAGUGCUCCGCGUUCUGGAGCAUCUUCGUAAGCAGCUGUCCCGGUCUGUCCACGAUACAUGGGUCUGUGGUACGAUAAAGAGCCGCAGUUAAUAAUAUGCUGAGAUAAGCCACUGUGUGUCCCCGCUCCUCAGAGGGAUGCUUCAGGUACUGUGCAGGAGGCUGUUAUUCUGUGUCCUGGGUGGUUUCUGAGGUAACACCCUUUGAAUCCAGGGCCCUUACCUGAGUAGUUCCGAGGAGGGAGGAAAGGAGCCUGUUCUUGGUCCCUUGUAGUAUUCCUCUGAAAGUCAUUUUUGUCACUCUUUAGAGAAGGAAACCAGCUGAACUUUAACAAACACACUUUCAGUUUUUUUUUGGGGGGGGGGCAGUCUUUUGUCUUUUUUUUUUACAAUGAGGAUUCUAUAGCAAUAAAAGAAACUAAGGUUACCUGUUUAUUAAAUACUAUAACUGGUAUGAUUUUUCUAAAAAAAUAUUAAAAGCACAAUCUCAUUGGAAAGUGUUUAUUGAAAAAGAAUUCAUAAUUCACAUUGAAUUUAGGAAGGCCAAAGAAAUGGAAGGGAAUGGUAAAGACAUUUUGGUUCAUGACAUCCACAUGUUUAAUGAGUUGUGUCUUCAAGAAUACUAGCAGUGUUUUAAACUUGGAGAUGGAUUUCACAUGAUUCUGUUUAGUCUCAAGUUUGGAAGUUUUAACAUAUAAGUUGGUCUUUCUCACUGUAUUUAAAGAUUGUUAAGUAUUUCAGUGUCUCUGUAGCUUGAUGAAUCGAAACACGUCCUCAGACCCAGGAUGGUGACAAAUAAUGAAGCUGGCAUUGGCUUUGAAUAGUGAUGUCUGUGGUUAAGCAACUGGAGCUGUGUUGUGUAACUAGCUUGAGUGGUGUGCUGUAAAAGACACCAGGACAGAAGGCUGAUGAGGACGGCGUGGAAAUUCUCGCAUUAUCUUGUUUUCUGUACCAGUUUCCAGAGUGAGUGUAGUAAUGGUCUUGUUAACUUUUCAAUGUUCUCUGGGUGAAUGUGUUUUUCCAUGAAUAAAGUUUUGAUAUCUGUUGAAAUUAUACUUCUGUGGACUGGGGGUUACAAUAAUCAUUGCUCUGUUUUGAUUUUGUUUUCUUUUCAAUGAAUGUUUAGUUUUCUGAGCCAGAUGGUUAUUUCAUCCUCAUGUCCUGUUAAAUCAAUCCCAUGACUACACCGGAACUGUGAAUAAAUUACCCAAAACCUU